ACGAUCCCUGGCGACUUCCUCUCGUGCGCUGCGGUAGUCCAUUUUCGUUCACGGGGCGUGCACAUCCGACCGUCAGCGAAUGGCACCACGUGGCCAGCAGAAGGCGAAACGUCCACACGGUGGUUCCGGCGAAGCGGGUACAGGGCAAACAGGAAGGGGCCACAUCCCAAAGUCGAAGAAGCUCCGCGCGGGAGACGGGUCAGAAGGAGAGAUGGGGGAUGACAGGGGAGAGGAGGAGACGCCUAUGGACAUCACUUCUAAAGGGAUGCCUGUGCUCGGGUUCGGGCGUGACGGUAUAAGCAGGCAGCGUAUACUUGCGCUCACCAACCUUGGCGUCCCGACGUCCACGCGCGGCGGCGGUGGCGGGACGGCUCGUGCGCAAGGACUUUCGUCCAGUGACAUUCCGCCGCAGAGGGCCGUGGGUUCUGCAUCCACCAUCGCAUCCGUGUCCAAGCGCGGCGAAAAAGCUCCGGUAGGUGAGUCUCCAUCGCGCCACGUGGAGGCGUCGAACCCGACGAUCGUCGCCGCUUUGUCGAGGGAUGUGCUUCAAUCCGCGCAAGCAGCGAGCGCCGCUGGCCAUGCCGCCGCCCUCGGUGUUGGAGAAAGGCGAGAAGAUAGGAGGGUGGAAGAGGCGGGGAGAAAACAGGAAAGGAGGGAGGAGACUCCGCGCGGGGAAGAAGAGGACAACCAGCCUUUGAGCGCGAGGAAGAAAAGGUCCCGCCAAGAGGAGUUGGAGACGAAAUCAAAGCUGUGGGUAGACGGCAAAGCGUUCUGGGCAACCGGGCCCGGACGGAUGAUCGCGGACGCGGUGCAUUCUUGCGCGGACUACUUCUGCGCGAUCGUCAAUGGAGAUGCAGGCGCCAGCGUUCCGCAAGGCCUCAUGAUGCCGCCCCCCGAAGUCCCGCGCGUGCGGAUCGAAGAUGGCGUGCAACGAGAGCCAGCUCUCAGACGGGCGAGACGAACGGAGAACAUGGCAAUGCGCGUCAUCCACGGGUGGAUAUUCAGGUCGUCGUCAAGGUUCGAUGGUUUCGCCCGUGCGGAGUCCUACGUCGCCACAGAUUACCCCACCGACCUGGCGAGAGCAGUUUGGCAGAGCUUCAAGUGGUCGAGGAUAGUGCCUCCCGCCGUAGUUUACCACACAGUCGCUUUGAAGAUGGACAUCCCAGUGUGGUUCCCCGGGGCAUAUAUCGAGAAUAGGCCGGAGGACGAUGACAUGGCCGCGCACCAGGAGGCGACUGUGAUGCAUAUUGCGUCAUGCUUCUACGACGUGCUCCGGGCCGGGUAGUGGUGGGACGGCGGUAGAUUGUCACACCAGAGACUGAGCAGAAUCGGGGAUGCUUUCGGCCUGCUUCUCGCCGCGUGCAUGUGGAUCAUGCGCAUGGGAGGCGACGAUGCGCGCUCCUACGACGAGGCGUUUUACUACAAGCAGUUGGUGGCGAAGCCGACUCUCGUGGCGGCAUGUUCAUCAUCCUUCAACUGGCGCCGCCAUGUGAUGCACUCGGCGAACGUGGUCUUGACUCACCUGCGGAAGCCACCCUUGACACU